GCAUCAUCCAUUUGGUAACGGUGAACAAGCCCUACUUACUCAGUUACUGUACUUCUUGAAGGCAUCAUAGUCUCCGACACGUAUCAUGUCGAAGUCAGAGCGCGAAGAUGCUAUAGCAGCCAUUACGUCCAAGAUCUUCUCAGCCAUGUUGGAUGACCUGACAAUGGAUGCGGCACUACAGGCGCACCACCAGCUUUUGCGUAGUAGAGCGGUUUGUCGUAUAUGUCACACUCGGUGCGGUAUGGUCCAUCCAAAUGGUGCCCAGAUUGUAACCUCGCAAGCGCAUUCCAUCAUCCACGGCGAUGUCGGAGGAAAGACGGCUUCAAGCACUGGAACCAACACUCCGAACGGAAGUAAAUCCGACGGCAACAUUCUCUUUGAAUGCAUGGUCUGCAAGCAUCAAGUCGCUUCCAAUAGAUUUGCCCCACACCUGAGUAAAUGUAUGGGGAUAGGGACUGGAAGCAGGCGUGGGGCUCCUCGCGGGACAAAUCUCAAGGCAAAGAUUCCUAUUGAACCUGGCCGGUCAGCGUCUCCAUACCCAGGUUCAGAAAACGGCAAUGUUUCAGAUGAUAACCUGAAUGGCAAGGGCAAGGUAAAGGGUAAAGGAAAGCGAGCAGAUGAUGCAGACUUCAAUCUGAAGCGAAAACGACCCAUAUCACCUCAGACAUCACCAACGAAAAAGCCCACGAAGAAACUCAAAACAGCAGGUUCACCGGUGUCUCGCCUCAAAGCAGACCCUGACAGCAGCGGCACGACUGCAAGCAACACUCUUCAAGUGCCUUCAUCGUCUUCACAAUCCAAAGUCCCAUCUAAACUUCGUUCAUCGUCUACUGCCUCUUUCCUCGAGCGCGAUCGCUCUUCCACACCAGGUUCUCAGUCAUCUGUCGGCACACCCAUUGCGUCAACAUCGUCCGCGAUAUCAGCGAGGAGCGCUGCAGGUACAGGUCCGCCGAAACGGGGGCGUCCCAAGGGUAGCAAGACUGGGACAGGUAGGGGUGGGUUGGCUGCCCAGCAGAAGCGACCGAGUCCCCCAAGAUUACUACCCCUGCCACCGCCGCCGCCGCCUGCUGUGAGCUAUCUUGUUGUGCCAGACGUCGAAGGAGACGAGACCGGGUCGUCAACCGAUACCGACGGCUGAUUAUACGACAGUUCGCUUUUUCCGAUUUUGCCAUUUAUCUGCAUGGGCGAGUACUUCCUGUAUACUGCUGCGCAUACACGAACCAUUCUAGCCAUGCUGUAUCAUGUCUAUGAAAGCAAGGUUAUGAUACCCUACUAAUUUGUAUUACUCUACGCUGACAGUGUUGUUGUUGCAUUAUACAAGUCGAUU